GGCUCCAGCGCCGGGACUGCGCCAGCCCUACGAACCAGGGUCACCGGCGCCACUGUGCCGGCAUCGCCUCCUCGCCCCGGAGCCAUGGUGCGCGGAGCGCGCACGCCGCGCGCGGGACUCUGAGCUCCGGCUGCGCCGCGCGCCCCCACCUCGCUUCGCCCAGCUUCCCCGCCGACCUUGCCCGCGGGCCAUGAAGCUUUGGCCCGGAGCCUCUCGCCUUGAGCUUCGCGUCGCCCGCUCCAGCCCCAGCGGCCGCUCGGCCACAGCUGGCACUCCGGCCGCCGAAGCACCCCAUCCUCUCCCGGGCACGGCACCCAGGUGCUCCAGGAUGGCCCUCCGCGGGUCCCCCCGGCCGCGCAAAGUUCGCAGGAGGCGAGAGAUGCUGCCGCAGCAAGUUGGCUUCGUGUGCGCGCUGCUGGCCCUGGUGUGCUGUGCGUCCGGCCUCUUUGGCAGCCUGGGGCAUAAAACAGCUUCUGCUAGCAAACAUGUUCUACCAGAUACAUGGCGGAAUAGGAAGCUGAUGGCACCAGUGAAUGGGACCCCCCCGGCCAAGAAUUGCACGGAUCCCGCGAUUCACGAGUUCCCCACAGACCUGUUCUCCAAUAAGGAGCGACAGCACGGAGCUGUCCUGCUGCACAUCCUCGGUGCUCUGUACAUGUUCUACGCCUUGGCCAUAGUGUGUGACGACUUCUUCGUUCCGUCUCUAGAGAAGAUCUGCGAGAAACUCCACCUGAGCGAAGACGUGGCCGGAGCCACCUUCAUGGCUGCGGGGAGCUCCACGCCCGAGCUGUUUGCCUCAGUUAUCGGCGUGUUCAUCACCCACGGAGACGUUGGCGUUGGGACCAUCGUGGGCUCCGCGGUGUUCAACAUCCUGUGUAUAAUCGGAGUCUGUGGAUUAUUUGCGGGGCAGGUGGUCCGUCUGACGUGGUGGGCCGUGUGCCGAGACUCCGUGUACUACACCCUCUCUGUCAUCGUGCUCAUUGCCUUCAUAUACGAUGAAGAAAUUGUGUGGUGGGAAGGCCUGGUGCUCAUCAUCCUGUACGUGUUUUACAUCCUGAUCAUGAAGUACAAUGUGAAGAUGCAGGCCUUUUUCACCAUCAAACAAAAGACCAUCGCAAACGGCAACACGGUCAAUAGUGAGCUGGAGGAUGGUAAUGAUUACUGUGACAGUAGCUCUGAUGACCCCUCCCUGCCGUUGCUGGGGCAAGUGAAGGAGGAGCCACAGUAUGGCAAGAAUCCGGUGGUGAUGGUGGAUGAAGUCAUGAGCUCCAGCCCUCCCAAGUUCAGCUUCCCGGAGGCAGGCUUACGCAUAAUGAUCACCAAUAAGUUUGGGCCCAGGACCCGACUACGGAUGGCCAGUAGGAUCAUAAUUAAUGAGCGGCAGAGACUGAUCAAUUCGGCAAAUGGUGUGAGCAGCAAGCCGCUUCAGAACGGGAGACACGAAAAUAUCGAGAAUGGGAAUGUUCCCGUGGAAAACGCCCAAGACCCUCCGCGAGAGCAGGAGCAGCAGCCCCCACCCCCACCGCCACCCCCAGAGCCGGAGCCCGUCGAGGCUGCCUUCCUGUCCCCCUUCUCCAUGCCCGAGGCAAGAGGGGACAAAGCCAAGUGGGUGUUCACCUGGCCGCUCAUCUUCCUCCUGUGCGUGACCAUCCCCAACUGCAGCAAACCCCGCUGGGAGAAAUACUUCAUGGUCACGUUCAUCGCUGCCACUCUGUGGAUCGCCAUCUUCUCCUACCUGAUGGUGUGGCUGGUGACUAUCAUUGGAUACACGCUUGGGAUCCCGGAUGUCAUCAUGGGUAUUACUUUCCUGGCGGCAGGCACGAGUGUCCCAGACUGCAUGGCCAGCUUAAUCGUGGCAAGACAAGGCCUUGGUGACAUGGCAGUCUCGAACACCAUAGGAAGCAAUGUGUUUGACAUCCUAGUGGGACUCGGCAUACCGUGGGGGCUGCAGACCAUGGUUAUUAACUGUGGGUCCACGGUGAGGAUCAACAGCCGGGGGCUGGUCUAUUCCGUGGUGUUGUUGCUGGGCUCCGUCGCUCUCACUAUGGAGAAGCGCCGGGACCCGGGCGCGGCAGCAAGGCUAGAACGGGAACGAUCGGCCAGGAGUCCGAAACCCAGAACAGAGAGAGGAGAUGACCUGUCUGCCUUGAGACUCAGCCCUGGGACCCAGGAGUGGCAGGAAGAGAAGGAGAUGGGAUUGAGUCUAUUUCCCCUCAUCUGCAUGGAGGAGGAAGAGGCUGAGGAGCUGGUGGAGGUGAAGGCUGCCCCGUGA